CUUUCGUUAUCCUCCUCUUACAUUACAGGUCAUAGCUAAGCAGGUCUGACAGGAUGUCGUGGCAGACAUACGUCGAUGAGCACCUCAUGUGCGAGAUCGAGGGCCACCACCUGACCUCCGCUGCCAUAGUCGGCCACGACGGCGCCGUUUGGGCCCAGAGCACCGCAUUCCCACAGUUCAAGACAGAGGAGAUGACCAACAUCAUGAAGGACUUCGACGAGCCCGGGUUCCUGGCCCCGACCGGCCUCUUCCUCGGCCCCACCAAGUACAUGGUCAUCCAAGGCGAGCCCGGCGCUGUCAUCCGCGGGAAGAAGGGAUCUGGAGGCAUAACUGUGAAGAAGACAGGGCAAGCGAUGGUGGUCGGCAUCUACGACGAGCCCAUGACCCCCGGCCAGUGCAACAUGGUGGUCGAGAGGCUCGGCGACUACCUCGUAGAGCAAGGCCUGUGAAUGGAUUCAUUUAACCUCGCUCGCUCGCUUGUCCAUGGUUCGAGCAUCCAGCAGCAACGAUACCAACAUCAGCAUUAUUUAAUUGGUAGCCUCCUCUAGCUACGCACGCAUUUUAGUCCCCUACACGCCCUUGGAUUGUGCGUGGCUCUGUUAAUCAUCUCUCAUCCUUCGUCUGCCAUUUCUCCCCUGCCCGUCGCCGAUCACCAGAGAUUUUUGUUCCUUGUUGGUACCAUGCAUUUUGGCAAAUAAUUUUGUAAUUCCACCCCCAAAUUAAAGUUUGGUUGUCGUAUGGUUUGUAAACCCAGAACAAUAUAUAUAUGUGUGUGAUUGAACUGUUCCUGUCUAUUCUUUUUGUAAACGGGAAUAUAUAUGUAUGCAUUUUGUGUG